AUGACGAUAGCUAAACCUCGUUUUGACUUAUCCACCUAUGCUGGAAGACUGCGAUACUUUUACUCCUCUACUUCCCCCUUGACCCUUCUUGCGUCCUCGCAGCAACUCGCUCAAGCUCAAGCCGAUGUCCAGAAGUAUGAGGGGUUGAUUAAGGAGCGUAGUCCAAAGGCUCUCUGGGUCAAUGGAAAGGUGAAGGAACAAUAUGACCAUGCGAAACAACUGGUCAAUUCGUCCAUUCAUCCUGAUACUGGCAAACCCGUCCCUCUCCCGUUCAGAAUGUCUGCAUUUGUACCCACCAAUCUAAUUAUAUGUGCCGGUAUGCUCAUGCCAAAUCCGAGCUUGAAAAGCGUCAUUUUCUGGCAGUGGGCGAACCAGACUCUGAACGUAGCAGUGAACUUCAGCAAUGCGAACAAAUCCAUUCAAAUGACGCCUACAGAGAUCGGCACCGCGUAUGCCGCCGCCACUGCAACAUCCGUACUCAUUACUGUCGCUCUCACUCGAGUCGUCCCUCAUCUCCCUCUAUCACAUGCCACUAAAGAUAUUGUUGGUCGACUGGUGCCUUUCGUAUCCGUGGCAAGCGCUGGAAUAGUGAAUAUCUCAUGUAUCAGAUGGAAAGAAAUGCGAGACGGAGUGAGCGUAUUCAAGCUUCACAAAGACCCAGAGUCGGGUCUGGAGCAGAAGGAUGAUCUUGGAAAGAGUCCAAAAGCUGGCCAAAUGGCCGUCAUGCAAUCUGCUGCAAGUCGAGUCAUGACGAACAUGCCGACACUUGUCAUUCCGCCUUUACUCAUGACCAUGCUGGAGAGACGUGGAGUGUUUGGCGGGCCAAGGGGAAAACUUAUCUCCAACAUCACGAAUCUCACCCUGAUCGGAGUGGCCCUCGGAGUCUUCCUGCCACCAGCCAUCGCUUAUUUCCCACAGACCGCGCAGACUGAACCCAAGAAGCUAGAGGAGCGCUUUCACUCCGAAACUGGACCCGUAUACUUUAAUAAGGGCUUAUAG